CCCAAAUUUUAGUUACCUCCCUUUGUUUACACGAUUCGAGGAAGAGGAAGACGUUUUGAACAACGAAAUUGCCCCACAUUAUAUUUCUCAACACGGUUAUAUGUUAUAGAGUGCAGCCACUAACUCUUCAUGGUUGACUUUAAGAAGCCUGUGGCCAAGCUAGUGGAGUCACCAGAUGACACUGGAGCUGCAUUAUCAUCAGGCCUGGCUGCCCUAUUGUUACCAGAAAUGUCUAUUUCUGGCCUGAUCAGUACUGUGGCGGCUCUAGCGAUGGUGUUUGGGGGUGUGUUCCCAUUCAUUCCACAGUAUAGGGAUAUCCACAGAUCUCAGAAUGCAGAAGGAUUCUCAUUGUUUGUUUGUCUCACUCUACUCAUUGCAAAUAUACUCAGGAUUCUCUUUUGGUUUGGUAAACAUUUUGAGAUGCCGCUGUUGCUGCAGAGUAUUAUAAUGACGUUCACAAUGCUCGCACUGACACAUUUAUGUGUUACAGUAAAACAUAAGUCAGAGAUUAUAAAGGCAAAGCAACAUAAUUUUUCAGAUGCUCCACAAUAUAGGUUCCUGGAUUUUGAGUGGGAACAUUUUUGGAAGUGGACAAGCUUCGAGAGUUAUAUCCAGUUCACGUUGACAUUUACAGGCUGUAUGGGACUACUUACAUAUAUAUUCUUAGAUAACUGGGUAUAUGUAGAGACUAUAGGAUUUUUAGCAGUGUUUGCAGAAGCUAUGCUUGGUGCUCCGCAAUUUUAUAGAAAUUUUCAAAACAAAUCUACCAAAGGGAUGAGUAAGAAGAUGGUUGCUAUGUGGACGUGUGGAGAUGUGUUCAAGACUUGCUAUUUUGUGUUACGCCAGGCACCAGCCCAGUUCUGGAUCUGUGGCUCUCUACAAGUGAUGAUCGACAUAUCCAUAUUUAUACAAGUGUUUGUUUAUAGAAACCUAGUAGCAAAACCUGCAGUUAGCUAGUCUCUGCAAAAUUUUACUUUUUAAACAUUUUGUUCAGUGAUAAGGACUAAAAAAAUUGUUGGUUUCCGGUAUCCCGACCUACCCUAAAUUUUUGGCCUGACCCUGAAUGUUUUUAUGGCCUUAGAGAAUUUUUUUUCCAACUUUAUAGCAAAAAGUUGCAAAACUUCACUUUUUAUGCUUUAAAUAUGGUCAGUGAUGUUAGUAAUCAACUUACUGAUGCUGUAAAGGCAUAAUGCCCUUAUUUGUAUUCAUUUUAGACAAAAAUAAUUUCCGAAAAGUCCCACUAAAUAAAAAAAAAUACCAAAGAAAAAAAUUGUAUCAACCUACCUACCCUAAUUUUUUUAGAGUGUUACUGGAAACAAAUAAUUUUUUUUUAUGCUUAAAAACAAUAAAAACACAGGCAAUUUAUUCUUAAAAUGGGGAUGGUUCUGUUUAAUUUAUGACUUUGUGUUUGGGAACCAGUCUCGAAAUUCCAAAUAUCUGAUUGGUUGUUUCUGGUGACAGUUUUAAAAUCGACCAAUGGGAAGGAUGCAUUACGUGGCCUCAACGCAAAACUAGUCUAUCUGCUUCUAUUUCUAUAUACACAUAAACUUGUUUCGCGAUGAGGCCAAAAAAUUUAUAAGAUUGGUUAACCUUUGUUUUUAUUGACUUUGAUACAUUUGUUGAAAGCAUUAUGCUGGAUAUUUGUUUAAAGGGAAAUUUUGUAUUGUAUACGUAUGAAAUCCUUGUGCAAUUGAAAGCCAAAAUUAUUGUUAAAGUUUUGCAGUCAGAAUUCUAAGAUGUUCUUGUCAGAAAUGCAUUUAAAAUUGCCAAAACCAGUACAGUUAGUUCGUUUCUCUUCCCAACAAAAAUUAUCUCUGUGGCAGUUUCUUCAAAGUCUUUCCUCUAUUUAGUUUGCCUGUCACCAAACUUGGCUUUAAUACUUGGUAUAAUAUGAGCCACACCAUGAGAAAACGAACAUAGAGCAUUUGCGACCAGCAUCAAUCCAGACCAGCCUGUGCAUCUGCACAGUCUGGUCAGGAUCCAUGCUGUUUUCACAUUUAAAGCCAAUAAUUGCAAUUAGAGAAACCUUUAGCGAACAGCAUGGAUCCUGAUAAGACUGCGCCGAUGCACAGGCUGGUCUGGAUCCAUGCUGGUUGCAAUUGCACUAUGUUGGUUUUCUCAUGGUGUGGCUCAUAUAUAUAUUAUAACAGUUCAGCAUUAUUGUAAUGUCAAUUUUGUUGCUCAUUUUUUAUCGUGUAGAAAUUUUUUAGAAGUAUUUUAUAAACUAAUGUUUCAAUUAUGUUAACUAUUUCAGUCCUGAUACAAACAUUUGUCAUUAAUAAUUGGUUAAUGAUGCAACAUUGAAAUGUUUGCCAUAUUAUGAUUGGGAAAUAAAUACAAAAAAAUUAUGCCAUACUCUACUAUGAAGUACAAUCUUUGACAUAUUAAUUAGUUCUCACUCUUAAAAAUAAACUAAAGAUCUUUCUGACUAUAAAAACCAGGAGCUAUGAGCUUUAGCUCACCUCCUCCAACUGAAAUUACUAGAAUUUGGAUAAGAAUCCAGUGUAUGGCAUAUAUCUGGCAUUCUAAAGAAAGCAGGGAAGUUUCUGGAAUUAAACCGACCUCUGUAUCUUGCACUUCUGACAGUUUUCUGGAGAGUUGCCCAUAUUGGAUACUGUGCGACAAUAAACACAAAUAUAAAAUGUUAAAACAUUUUAUCAGUUGCCAGUAGUAAUAAUAAUAGAAUUAAUAAUAAUGUGUUAAAACAAAACCAUCACAUACGUAAAUUUUAUACAUGGUAAAAAGCUGAUGUCUCAUGUAUUGAUAAUUGUUGACUGCAGCUCUUUAUGUACCACAUUUAUAGAAUCAGUGGCAGACAUUUCUGCAUAAAGAACAUAAAUUUUUGAUGUUUCAUGGAAUUUUUGUAAUGCAGAAAUAUACACCAAAUUUUUCUGCUGACGUUAGAAACUUUGAACAAAAAAUUUUUAAUGUUUUUUUUUUUUUUUUUUUUUUAAAUCUAAAUUCCCUUUGGUUCUACAACUUUUUUACACCGUACAACUUGUCUGGAUGACUUAGAUAAAAAUACAUGAGAGAUUCGUUAAUUAAGGUCUUAUGAAUUAAAUUUUAUUUUCAUACAUUCUUUUUUUCAGACAAUCAAUUGCUGUGCACCUGAUAUUUUUAAUUAUUAUGCCCCCCUUCGAACAAGGAGGGGUAUAUUGUUUUGCAGAUGUUGGUUGGUCGGUCCGUAGACCAAUUGGUUUCCGGAUGAUAACUCAAGAAUGAUUGAGCCUAGGACCAGCAGAUGACUCAUUGAUUUUGAGAUCAUUAGGUCAAAGGUCAAGGUCACAGUGACCCAGAACAGUUAAAUCGUUUCUGGACGGUAACUUGAGAACCCUUGGGCCUAGGAUCACAAAACUUAAUAGGGAGCUUGAUCAUGACCAGCAGAUGAUCCUAAUGAUUUUGAGAUCAGUAGGUCAAAGGUCAGGUCACAUUGACCCAGAACAGGUCUACAGUUUCUGGAUGAUAACUCAAGAACACUUAGGCCUAGGAUCAUGAAAAUUGAUCGGGAAAUUGGUCAUGACCAGCAGAUGACCCCUAAUGAUAACUUGAGAAAGCUUGGGGCUAGGAUCACAAAAUUGGUUUCCGAAUAAUAACUCAAGAAUGAUUGGGCCUAGGAUCAUGAAAGUUAGCAAGCAGUUUGUUCAUGACCAGCAGAUGACUCUUAUUGAUUUUGAGAUCAGUAGGUCAAAGGUCACAGUGACCCGGAACAGUUAAAUGGUUUUCGGACAAUAACUCGAGAACUCUUGGGCCUAGGCUCACAAAACUUAAUAGGGAGGUUGAUCAUGACCAGUAGAUGACCCCUAUUGAUUUUGAGGUCAGUAGGUCAGGGUCAAAGUCACAGUGACCCAGAACAGUUAAACUGUUUCCGGAUGAUAACUUGAGAACACUUGGGCCUAGGAUCACGAAAUUUAAUUGGGAGGUUGGUCAUGACUAGCAGAUGAUUUUGAGGUCAGAAGGCCAAAGGUCAAGGUCACAUUGACCCAGAACAGUAGAACUGUUUUGGCCAGAGAAAGCUUUGGUCUACAUUUGAUACUGAGGUCACUUAUGACUGGUAAAAGACCCAUAAUUAUUGAUUUGAGGUCAGUAGGUCAAACGUCCAGUGCACAGUGACCAAAUAAUUUCUCAAAUUCUGUUCCUUGUGCAGUUACUGUUCCAUAACGCAUGUUUUUAUUUCGAUGUAAAUGAGAUGUGGAACCAAAAUUUGUAGUCCUGUUUGGUGCCAUAUAACCUAUACUGUGUUGGUGCACUGUAAAACCCAAAUAAAUAUAAUAAAUUGUGCAGUUACUGAAUACAUCAAGUGGGGCAUUUCAUGUUCUAUGAACUCUUGUUCUCCUAUAUUUUUUAUUAGUAUUUAAUUUAUUUUUUUCAGCAGAUUUUGAGGAAAUGAAAAAUCUUAGCAGUUUCUCUUGUAACAAUACAUGUACAUAAAAAAUGUUGUAAAUUAUUAACCUAUGCACUUUAUGUAAUUAUGAUGAAAUAAGUUAACUAAGCAACUUAAAAUGAAUAAAACUAGGUUAACACACUAGUUGUGUUUUUGUGGGAACCUUGUCGAUGGCUACUUUUUACAAAACUACAUGAUUAUAUAGACUAGUUUGUGUCUGUUAUCAAGAAAAAAACCUUCAUUUAGCUUAUAAUUUAAAUUUAUUUUUUUUUAAUUAUGUCGAUUUUAUGUUUGUUAUCUUAUAUUUGUAGCUUAGAUUGUAAAUCUCAUUUCUGUACAAAUUGGGGGAAAUGUAGUAAUUUGUUAUGUGGUACAGUGGUGUUAUUUUUCACAAUGUUAAACGAACACACAUUUAGGAGAAUAUGUAGGGCCAAGUCAUGCAUGACAAAGUUUCGCAAAGAUAGACAAAAUCCUUCCUUUAAUUUUAUACAUAUAUUCCCUGACAUGUAAAUUUGAAAAGGUUUUUAGGAAAUGAAUUUUGUGGGGGAAUUUGUCUGCCUUUUCGAAAUUCUGAUAUGGGAUUUGUCAUUAUUGUGUCAUAAUGGGAAUUUGUAUUUCAAAUGUUUAUGUCACAUUCCUUAACAUUUUGAGACUGUGAUAAUUUUGAAUAUUGUCAGUACAAAAACAAGUUAUUAGUAAGAGUAGAUACGAUUUGUAUUUCAUGUUUAUCAACACCCUUCUAGCCUGUGUGGCCGUAGGACCAAAGGAAAAAAUUCAGUUAUGAACAGGGUGUAUUUUGCCAGCCAUAUCUAUAUAAUAUAUCACAUACAGAACAGCAGAAUACAUGAUUGGAAUCAGGGUAAAAGAUAAAACUAUCUUCUGAAAAUCUAUUGUAAGUUCAGGAGUUUAGAGGAGUUUUUAAAGAAGGACAUUUCCCCUAAUCAACACAUGUUUAGGCUGGAGGGGUUUCAACCUUUUAAGGGUUCUAGUUUAGCAGUGUUCCACUGUUCAAAUAUGCAUAGAUGUAACCAAGAUCAUUGAAAUUAUCUUUGCACAAAAUCACCUGUGUUUUGAGAGUUUAGCAUUUUGGCAUGUGGCUAUUUGUGCAGGAGUUACGAUGCUUUACUUUAAUAAGCACCUGUUGAAAAUUGUCUGUUUCUUGGAAACAUCAGAAAAAUUUUAUAUACAUAUUUAGUGAAAGUGUAAAUCAAGAUUCUGUUAAAAUUCUACUGGCCUUGAGGUUGAUAUUUCAAAUGCUUAGAUAUGUCUUUGAAAUGCAAAAACAUGCCAGUAAUUUAACCAGUCUGAAAUCUCCACCUGUCUUUUAUUUGAAUAUCAUUAUAUAUACUGUAUGCUCUUUAACAGUUUAGUAUUCACACAUUACAUAUGAUUUUGAAAUGAAUAAGUCUUUUUGAAUGGCCAUGUGCAUUUAUUAUCAUCACAUAAAUGAAGUCAUAAAGUUUAUUUUCUGCUGAUUGAUUAAAUACUGUUUUUUAAUCUGUAAGAUAUAAUCCAUAUCAGUCCCUGCAUAUCAUUUACUAUGAGUGAUAUGGCUUUGCCGAUCUACUUGUAUAUUGUGUAUUAAUUUCUAAUAUUUUACUUAAAACCGGACGAAAGUUGCAGUCGUGCUUUGUUCUUUUAAGUAUAUUUCUUGAUUCAAUUAACAUUACUUAUGUUAUGAUGCAAAUAAUAAAACAAAAUGGGACUUUAUGUUAUGUGUUUGUCUUUAUAACAUCACAAGAUGGCUGACAUCAUUUUUGUUUAUUCGUGUCUGUUUCCUAUGCUGAGAUUGAAACUUAUUGCAAAAUGCAUAUUUCAACAUUAUUAGGCUUAAAAUGAAAAGAACAUUCGUUGUUGUUUUUUUAUGUGAAUAUAGAAUAUAUGUCACCAUGAGGUUAGAAAUUUUUCACAUCUUCACUCAUGCUAUACUCUUGUAAAAAUAUUUGAACUUUUCUCACUUCUCAGUGAGGUGUACGCCAUAUUCACUCAAAACAAAUAAAUAUCAUAUUUAUAUUAUUUUCAUAUCACAUUGUAACUUAAAUUAAGAAAGAUGGGUGCUAUGGAACAUGAGGUCAUCUUUUAAAGGGCACCCUUCCAGAAUCAUGUAUAACACAUUUUCAAACUGUUCAGUCAGGAUUUGGACAAACUAUCGUACACAAAUCAGCAGCAUUCAGAGUAAGGUGUGAAGUACAAGUAAAUAUAUACAUUUAUUUUAUGCUAAUUAAUGAAAUACUGUAUUCUGUCAGUAAAAUAUUUUUAUAUCUCAUCACUGACACUGUGAAAAUAUGAAAUCUAUAUUUUCACACUGUGAGAGAUAUAGCUCCGCCCCCUCAUUACAUUGUGUAUGAAUUUUAAAUUACUUGCUUAAAACAGGAUGAAAAUUGUGGUCACACUUUGUUCUUUAUAGUAAAUUUCUCGAUUCAAAUUAUUUUACUUAAUGAGAAUUUCAUAACGUUAUACAGCAAAAAAUAAAAUAAAACGGAGCGUUAUGUUGUGUGCGUCUUUCUAACGUCACAACACGUCUGAUGUCAUGUCUGUUUACACGCGUCUGUUUCCUGCGGCGAGAUUAAAAAUUGUUGCAAAAUGCACAUCUCGAUGUAAUUGAGCAUAAAAUAAAAAGAAAAUUUGCUUGUUUUUCGUGAAUAUUGAAUAUAUCUCACCUCGAAGUGAGAAAAUGUUCACAUUUUUUCACUUCUCAGUGAGAUUUAUUCCAUAUUCACUCAAAACAAACAAAUAUCCUCUAUAUAUUUACACAGAAACCUUCUCACCAAGUUGCUUUAGAGAUAUUUUUCCAAUUUCUAGAGUAUUUUUAUGAAUAAUCCUUGGAUAGAUAAAUCAUUUUGUUUGAACUUUUAAUGUGAUUUAAUUACUAACUAAUAAAUGCAUUGUUCAAUUAAAAGAAAUAUGUAGAACUAACACAAAUCUGGUGGUGUGCCCCUUAAAAGAAAUACCGGUAACCCUUAUUUGAAGUUGUUUUUAUUUGCAGUUUUUCUAGUCAUUACGCUAUCACACUUGUAUAUUUUUAGAAUGUAUCCGGUUUACAGACAAAUAAUUUCCAAACUUUUAAGAUUUUUGUAGAUUUCAUUAAAUUCAGCAGUUGUGUAAUUUGUUGCCUAAAUGUAAUGAAUCCCCAAUGAUAAUCGGAACCAUCCUCGCAAUUAGGUACCGGUAUCCUUAUAUUAAACAUCGGCCUUCUUCAGCUGGUAAUGUAGCUUGUACAAGUAUAAUUUUAUAUACGUUAUGACCAGAUGUAGACUGCUUGGAUCACAGACAGUCAAACUUCGUUAGCUCAAACUCGGAUAAUUCGAACAUUACCCUUUGCUCGAACUCAUCAUCGGAUCCCGGCAAAAUCCCUAAAUGAUAUAUAUUGCUUUAUGGCUCAAACUACCAGGAGUUUAAACAUAUUUUGCCAGUCCUGUCAAGUUCGAACAAAUGAAGUUGGACAGUAUGGAGAAUAUGUAACAAAACAGAAGUUUAUGAUUGUCAUUAUGGAUCCAUUACUUUCAUGUGGUAUUGCUUCUUUAUUUAUACUGUGAAUAACUUAUUAUUCAUUGACAAGGGGAAUUAAUUUUAUAUUUUUAGCUUGACUAUAUGAAGUAUAUGGAGAGCUACCCUACUCAACCUGGAGUCGGUGUCGGCGUCCUUCCGCAUCCACACAUUGGUUAUUACUAGAUAUAUUUGACACAGACUUAAGAGUUUGUCCAAUAUUUUCUUCCACAUUGGAGUCAUUAAACACUGUAGUGACAGCUGCAGCUUCCUCAGAUGUGCCCAGUUCACUAUCCAACAUUGAAAUAGUCAAGUGCGCUGUCUCCUGUGACAGGUCUUGUAACGAAAUUAAAUCCAAACAAAUUAGAACUUACUCAGUUUUAAGGAUAGGAAAUUUCACAGAUUUUUGUCACCAAGAAAUUUUGGUCACAUUGUCAAAGAAAUCAAAUGAUUUUACUACACUCAGUUACAAUAGCUCACCUCUGAGAUGACUUUAUGACCAUUGCAUGUUAUUUUUUGGUCUAUUAUGUGAAACUUGCAAGCUUUUUUAAAGGGGCAUGUCUUUAGAUAAACAUGGCUUUAGCGCAGUUUUAAAGGAGUUAGUGCCCCCCUUUAGUUCAAAGAGUUUACAAUACUAUCAUGUUUUAUUGAUUGCCCAGUUGUCUCAGUCAGGGGAUUAGCAAAUCUACAUAAAUCUCACUAGAAUGCAUGUCUAAUUCAUGGGUGAGGCCAUUUUCAGUAUUUCUCUUUUUUGCCAGGUUUAUUUAAGGUAUCCGAUCCACAAAUAAGCAAGUUCUAUAUAACAGUGCUAUAUAAAUAUAUCAAAUAUUGAUGCCUGGUAACCUCAUAUAAUUUUGGUAUCAUUUGAAUGUAUAUCAUCUACUGAAAAAGAAAAUAUAAAUUACACGAUAAAAAUAUGUUAUAGAUUUUUUAUUUUUUUUACUUUGUAGUCUUCAAUGACACUUCAACUGAAAUCCAGUUGUUACAGUGCAAGAUUUAUCAUUUUGCGGUCAUAAAACAGGACUGUAAUUAUUCUUGCAUAUUAUUUAUGGUCAUCAUAUUUAUUAAUUCUUGUUCAGCAGACACAACUCUUUCAAAUGAUACCAAAAAAUCAUGGGGUCACCAGGCAUCGAAAUUUACCUAUUUGUGGAUCGGAUACCUUAACUGCUGUUAAAUCAGAAAAAUAUUUUUGAGGGAUUAAUUUUCAUUUGUUUUGAUUAUUGUAUAAGAAUAAGCACUUGUCAAAAUUCCCGUCUAAUAUUUCAAAUUACUCACUUGAGAAAAAUUUACAACUUUCAUGAAAAUUAAACUCUGCAUUACCAUUCCAUUUUUUUUUUCAAUAUUUGCAAAGUUUUGAUCUCAGAAAUAUCUGAUGUUGCAGUAACUCUGCCUCCCAAAAGUACUAUUGAAAAUGGCUUUAACCAAUGUAAUUUUAUUCAUCAAACAUAAUCAUGAGAAAUGAAAUAAUGUAUUAUAAUAAUGAGACUAUUUGUUAGCAAGAAUCAGUAUUUGACAGUUUUGAGUAUUUUUUUAAAAGAAAUUUGUUUAGACAGGCAGGAAAUUCUUUUCUUUCUUUGGUGCUUUAAGGCUGGCUUGUAUUUAUAAUUCUAUACUGUAUUAUAGAUAUUACAGAUGAUCUUUUGCAUCACCUUGAAAUAAUUCAAAGAUAUUUCAUAAUAUGGUAGUAAAUAACUUUCACUCGUUUUUACUUUGCACCUGACAGCUAGUUAUAUAGAACUGUUUUAAAUGCACAAAUGCCAUAUAGAUAUAACAAAUAUGAACAAAAGCAAGUGCUGUUCAGUGUGCAGUACAUGUACUCUGUUUCAUAAAUCACUGAUUUAUACUUAUUUCAUGUCUCUAGUGAUUAAAAUGAAUAUAUGUAGUUUAGAUUAUAUUUUAUUUUUGAAAUUAUAAUGUAUUUAACUAUAUGUUUAAUGCUUCAUAUCUUUGAAAUUGUAUGUCUUUGUUGAUUAGUGAAAAGAAAUACAAUAUGUCAGACACUGUAUAA